UUCAGGUUGAAUUGUAACUUUGACAGUCAAGUGUCAAACAGAAACUAUGUUCAAAAUUCCAGUGUGAAGUAACAAAAAUGCUUACUCAUCCAAACUAUGGGAAAAUCUCCCAUGCUGAGAGACUCAGAAGAGGCACUUCUUGCGUCAAAAGGUUACCGUCUAAUGAAAAAACUUGGUGAGGGUUCUUAUGCCCCAGUAUUUCUCACCGAAUACCUAGGCGAAACUGAAAAAUCGAAAACUAACAAAAAAGAAGAACCUACCAACCUGGCAUGCAAGGUAAUCGAUGCGAAAAAUGCCCCGAAAGAUUACGUGAAGAAGUUUCUACCUAGAGAGUUGGCAAUCUUGUCUAUGGUGAAUCACCCUCAUAUCGUCCACGUGCAUAGCAUUUUCCAGAGAAAGAGCAAGUACUUCAUCUUCAUGAGAAUGGCGGAAAAUGGCGAUCUUCUAGAUUACAUCUUGGAACACGGACCCGUAUCUGAAGCGAGAUCCAGAUUGUGGUUCAGGCAGAUAAGCCUGGCUGUACAGUAUCUGCAUGAGCUGGGAGUAGCUCACAGAGACUUGAAGUGCGAAAACUGUCUAAUCUCCGCUAAUAAUAAUCUGAAACUGACCGACUUCGGAUUUUCCCGGUUCAUCAUCGACAUGAGGGGUCGAUGCAAAGCGAGCUCCACAUACUGUGGUUCCCUCAGCUACGCAGCUCCAGAAGUCCUCAAAGGCAACCCUUACUAUCCAAAAAUGUCCGACUGUUGGUCACUAGGAGUAAUCCUCUUCACCAUGCUCAACAAAGCUUUACCCUUCGAUGAGAAGAAAGUGAGGGAACUGCUAGAACAUCAACUCAAUGGUAAGUGGAAAUUUCGAUCCAAAGUAGACGAGGUGGUGAGUGAAAACGUUCACUACGUAGUGGAGUGUUUGUUGAAUCCAGACCCAGUGAAACGCUGGACCGCUACGCAAAUCGUGGAAUCGGACUGGAUAAAAAUGGAUCAGAGACUAGCACACUUGACUGCAGACGAGCAGUACUGCCUGAAUCAAGCCAAAACGAAUGGUUUGGUCUUCAUGCAAGAAGCUAGAACGCAGAUUCGUAGGGCUUCCAGAAUUGAAAAGUCCGACAGGCUGAUGAGAAUCGAAAAGAGGGACAGUAUUGCCCCAAAGCCAAAGGAGGAAGAGGAGGUGACAAUGUUCAAAGAAUCUGAUCCAGCUGAUGGCAAAUAUUCAAGUAGUUUGAAGAAUUCUCGAGUUUAUCGUGACUGAAAGAAGUUUUUAUUCAUAGGCUCCAAUUUGUCUCAGAUGUUGUAUUUAUGAAAAAUAAAAUUGAACUUCCAAUAU